GUGAACAUUUUAAUUUCUUUCAAAUCGUUGGAUUAUUGUUGAUUAAUUAUCGCUAUUUUUUCUAUUAUAAAGAGUAACUUUACUCUUGAAUUUGGUUCCGUUUUAUUUUUCAAUCGAUAGAUUUCUGAUUCAAACUGACAUUUUUUCACCCAACAUUUUAAGAAAAAAAUUCUGUGUAAAGAAACGAAGAUGAGCAAAUUAUUUGUGAUCCUUAUAACUAUUUACCCUGCGUUAUUAGUGUCAGUAGAUGUGAAUAUGCACCAAACACUGGAAUCAACAAACGUUAAGAAAGACGAGAUAAUCCAACCACCAGAAUAUAAAAUAAAAGAGCUUCGCCACGCUAUCGAACGGGGUGAUGUGUCCAAAAUGAGAUCAUUGAUCAGCGAAGGAAUAAAUAUGAGUAUUCAACUUGAUAACGGAGACACUCCAAUACAUUUGGCUGCUAGGAAGGACAAUGUUGAUAUAGUAAAAUUACUCAUUGAUGAGGGUGUUAGUCCGAAGAUUUUGAAAAGCGAUAAUUCCACACCGCUUCACGACGCUGUCCAGAGUGGUAACGUGGAAGUUGCCAAAGUUCUCAUCGAACACGGCGCCGAUGUCAACGCCGAAAGCAACGAUGGAUGGACAGCACUUCGUAUGGCUGCUAGGGCAGGCCACGUCGAAGUUGCCAAAGUUCUCAUCGAACACGGCGCCGACGUCAAUGCCACAGACCUCUUUGGACGGACAGCACUUCAUUGGGCUGCUAUUAAAGGUAACGUGGAAGUUACCAAAGUUCUCAUUGAACACGGCGCCGACGUCAAUGCCAAAGACGUGGAUGGAUUGACAGCUCUUCUUUGGGCUUCACAGGCAGGAAGAGAUGAAACUAUUGAAUUCCUCAUAGAACACGGCGCCGAUGUCAACGCCAAAGACAAUGAUGGAUUGACAGCUCUUCUUUGGGCUUCACAGGAAGGAAAAGAUGAAACUAUUAAAUUCCUCAUAGAACACGGCGCCGACGUGAAAGCUACAACCAAAAACAUAGAGACAGCACUUCAUUAUGCUGCGCGGCAGGCACGUGUGGAACUUGUUGGACUUCUCAUCAAAAAAGGCGCCGACGUCAAUGCCAAAGAUAUUCGUGGAAAUACAGCACUUUAUUGGACUGUAGACGAUGAGCGUAAAACUGUUGUUAAACUACUUGAAGCUGAAGCUGAAAGAAUUCGGAGUCAAAAACGGACAUGGUAUCUCGAAAUUGAAGUAUUUGGAUGGCCUUUUGUGAUACUUUUCCUUUUUAUUAUCCCGAUUUUACUGGUUGCAAUGCAUUUACACGAUUUGACCUCACUUCAAAGUCGACUGCUGACAGGAAAAUUGAUCGGUGGUGGCAAUUUCGGUGAUGUGUACAUGGGAGAAUUGUUUCCAAUAAAUCCAUUUUCCGAAAAGAAAAAAGUUGCUGUGAAAACGAUCAAAAUCAGCAAAGGAACUGCCUCGAAAUUGGGGGGUACAACUGAAUUAUUGGCGGAAAUAAACAUUCUAAAAUGUUUGCCAAAACAUUGCAAUGUUGUUGGUUUUAUUGGGGCAUUCGGCAUUAGGAACGCUCUCAAUGGUGGAAUAAAGAUUCUUUAUGAAUUCUGCCCAUAUGGUGAUCUCAGAAGUUUCUUAAAGAAAAAUAAACCAACAAAACCUACAACACCAGGUUAUAUCCCUGACACAUUCUGUUCACCUUUAUCACCUUUAUCACCUACCUUCUCAUAUACAAAAACGGAUCUGCUUAGUUGGGCGGCUCAAGUGGCAAGAGGCUUAUUAUGUUUGGCUUCGAAUAAACCUCCUAUCAUACAUCGUGAUCUAGCUGCUAGAAACAUUCUCCUUUGUGAUAAUGAAACGGUUAAAAUUGGUGAUUUCGGUCUAUCACGGACACUGAACGGAAGUGAAUAUUAUAAAAAAGGGGGUUCGGCUCCUGAUCCAGUUCCAUGGAUGGCCAUCGAGUCUCGUCAAGAUUCAGGAAUGGAACAGAAAUUCAGUGUAAAAUCUGAUGUUUGGUCGUUCGGUGUCGUAAUUUGGGAAUUAUUUUCGGAUGGAGAUGAUCCAACUUAUUUUACAAUCGAACAAUUGAAAAAUGGCACCCGAUUACCACAACCAAAAAGGGCUACGGAAGAAAUGUAUAGCCUCAUGUUGUCAUGCUGGCAGGAAAAACCAGAAGAUCGUAUAACAUCUGAUGAUUUAGAGAAAAUACUUUCAAAAAUGCAUUCGGAUGCACUGGAAGAUGAUGGACACAUAGAUAACGAUGAUGAAAGCUUAAUAACCGUGAGAGUAGAUGAAGCAAACACAGGAGUCAGUGCAAUCAUAAAUUUGCCAGAGAGGACAUCCGAUGCAACAGAGGAAAAUGGUUCCAGUUUGAGCUAAAAUUCACCUUCAUAAUAAUCAAUACAGCCAUUCUUAUACAUUCAAAGUUGCAGUUUUGUAAUGAUUGGAACAUCGCGUUCUCACACGGAACAGAUAUUUCGAUUGAUGAAAUUGAGCGUAGAGUAUGUUUCAUGGAUUUUGUUGUGGAAGAUGAGAUUCGAUUUCUUUCGACUUCCAACUGUUCCAUGGAGAUAGAUUGGUGUUUGGGCGGGUUGUCGUAGUUUUUUUACCCAAAUGAUUUGAGAAAUCUGUCAUCUCUGAUCAAUUACGCGAGAAACGACAACAACCCAAGGAUUGUAAAUCCACUCUCUUUUAACGCAAACAAAAUCAUCAAAAGCUUACUCGACGCUCAGUCUCACCCAUACUUUUGAUAUAGAUAUUUCCUUACUGAAGAACAGAAGUGAAUAAGCAUUGUACUUAUGUUAACUCAGGCUUGAAGAAAUUGGAUUCAAAUUUGAAUUUAGAAACUACACCUCAAAAUCGAAGAAAGAUUGUGCAUUACUGUAAUCGAUAGUCUACUUAAAUAAAAAGUUUUACGAGCGUAAAACGGACUUUUCCGCACGUUUUAUAUGCUUAGAGGUCAAUAAAAUACAUUUGAAUGAAAAAAAUGAGAUAAAAGAUAAUGGCCAGCAUAUUAUAACACCAUCAUAUUUAAUGACAGCUGACCGAGAGAGAGCCAAAGUAAUCAUGUAAAAUGACCCAUAAAGUAUAUUUUUAAAUGAAAAAAAGUUGAAAAUAAAAAUUAAAAA